AUGGUAGAAGGUGAAGCUGAACACUGGUGGAAUUUGGUAAAGCAAACUUGGAGGGAGUUAGGAACUGAACCCACUUGGGAGAACGUUUUGGUAGCCUUUGAUGAGAAAUACUUUCCAGACUCAGUCAGGGAGAGGAAAGAAGUAGAAUUCAUAGAGCUCCAACAAGGGAACAUGGUUGGGGAACAUUAUGCCACCAGGUUCACAGAGCUCUCUAGGUAUGCGCCCCAUAUUGUAAACACCGAGGCAUGGAAGGUGGUCAAGUUUGAAAGGGGUCUAUGGCUGGAUAUAAGGGAUAGAGUGAUGUCCGCCAACCUAAAGUCGUACGCCCCGAUGGUAGACUUCGCACUAAAGAUCGAAAGAGAUUGCGAGAACCACCGAUCGAGGAAGGAGGGAAAAAUGAAGGCAGCGUUCGAGGCUCAGGAAAACACCCCGACAAGUUCCAAGAAGAGAAGUGAGAAGGAGGUAAUAUCAGCUGAACCCGAGAUCCCAGAAGAAUUCCCUGAGCAACACGAGCAAUGA